AUGAUUGACAAGGAAAUUCCUCAGAUCAAGAAACUGUAAGUUAGAAAAGAAAAAUAUGCUUCUAAAUUUUAUUCUAUAGAAGAAAAAGAAAUUGAAGAAAAUGAUAAAGAUGAAUAAGUUUAGGAGAGUUCUAUCAAUCAAAACUUGAGCCAUCUUAAGAAGAAGAUAAUUAAGGAAAUGAAAUCUUUAUGUAUAUUAAAUUAACUUCUUAAUCAAUUAUCAAACUAUCAUUAUCUUUGGGAUAUCACUCAAUUAUUUUGA